GGGCGGGCGGAGCGGCGGCGGCGGCGGCAUGGCCGAGCUCCACGGGGCUGCGGGACCGGCGGCACGGGGAGAUACCGAGUGUAUUUUGGAGCCUCUUUCUCUGCCAGAAAGUCCAGGUGGUGUUGAUGCAGUAGAAAGUUCUCCCUAUGUGCCUUGUAUUUUCUGCAAAGAAUGCUAUGUCUUAGCAGAACAAAACCAGCUCCUGAAGCACAUGAUUAUUGAGCACAAGCUCGUCAUAGCAGAUGUGAAACUGGUGGCAGAUUUUAGAAGCUACAUUCUGUACUGGAAGAGGAGGUUUGCAGAGCAGCCUGUCACAGACUUCUGUAGUGUGAUAAGAACAAAUUCAAAAGCUCCAUUAGAGGAACAGGACAAUUAUUUUCUUUUAUGUGAUGUUUUACCAGAAGACCGAUUACUUCGAGAACAGCUUCAGCAAAAGAGACUGAGAGAAAUUCUAGAACAGCAACAACAAGAGAGAUAUGACACAAGUUUUCAUAGUAUGUGUAUGUUCUGUGAUCAAGAAUUCACAGGGAACAGAUCUGUUCUUCUCAAUCAUAUGGCAAGAGAGCAUGCCUUUAACAUUGGGCUGCCAGAUAACAUUGUGAACUGCUAUGAGUUUUUGGCUGUAUUGCAGGGGAAGCUUGACAACUUGCAGUGUUUAUACUGUGAAAAAGUCUUCAGAGACAAAAACACACUUAAAGAUCACAUGAGAAAGAAGCAGCAUCGCAGAAUCAAUGCCAAAAAUAAAGAAUAUGACAAAUUUUAUAUCAUUAAUUACUUGGAAUUUGGAAAGUCCUGGGAGGAAGUGCAGUCAGAGGAUGACCGGGAAUUACUAGAUAACCUGGAAGAAGAUUGGUCUGACUGGGAAGAGCAUCCUGUAUGUGCAGUUUGCCUGUUCUGUGAACAGCAAGCAGACACCACAGAAAAACUGUAUCUUCACAUGCAGAAAUCACAUGGAUUUCACUUUCCUAAAAUAAAGUCAGAGCAUGGUCUGAACUUCUAUCAGCAAGUAAAGCUAGUGAAUUUCAUCAGAAGAGAAAUCCAUCAUUGUCGUUGUUACAACUGCCAGGAGAAAUUUGAAUCCAAAGGAGGAUUGAUAAGUCAUAUGGAAGAGACCAAGCACAUUGCAUUCCUGCCAGCCAGGUCUACAUGGGAUCAACCACAGUAUUAUUUUCCUACCUAUGAAAACGAUAUUCUCCUGUGUACACUGUCAGACAGUGAAGAUGCAAAAGCUGAGGAUCAAAGUGAAGAAGUGCCUGUUGUAGGUGAAGAUAUAUCCAGUCUAAAAGCUCUCAAACAGAGCAGUGUUUUAAACCAGCUUCUGUGGAAAGAGAACAAGAGUCAGGAGAAAUUUUGACCUGGGAGUACAGUGGCUGUCCUUUAGUGCUUUUUCUGCAAGACAAAAAAAAAAAAAGUUAUUUCAAUACUAUUGGAAUACAGUUAAACCCACAAAUGUUAUCAUUAUGGGACAAAUACUAAAAAGUGAAUGCUAAAUAAAAAUUAAGUGUUAACUUUG